AGCUGCACCCCUUUGAUGGCACCUUUGCUUGGGAAUUGCAAGCCAUGGAGGUUGUGAUUCAGCUGAAAGGUGGGGCCAACUUGUCGACGCACAGCCAGGAUGAGAUCUUGCGAGCAGUUCAGGAUGAGUACUUCAACCGCUACCUCCAUCAGCUGGGCAUUGCGCCAACAGCUGCCAACAAGGCGCAGAUGAUGAAGUUCAGACCCAUGGAUGACUGCGAAGUGCACGGGGUUUGGGCCGAUGAUGCCAGCGGUCUCGCAGCGGCCAUCCGAAUAGCUCCGCCACUGCGCCACCGCGUGGGGUACGAGGAUAGCGAUGAGCCCUUGGACAAAGCCAUCAUCAGCCACCUCUACGGGGAAGCGGAGGACAUUCCCGUGGAGCCGCCGAAUGUACCCGGGCGCACCAUAUUCCCGGUGGACCUGGAAAAGAUGUUCCCGCCUGAAGAGAGGGUCCGCGCGGAAGAUAUCCUGGCAGAGGUCCGGAAGGCACGGUCGGACCAUAUGGAGCGCCAGAAGCGGCGGGCAAACCCUGCCGCAGGCUCUUACGCACACGGCGCCAGCUUGGACAGCGACCAGCAGCAGCGCUACCGACAGGAAUUGGAGAUGCUGAAGAGCAAGUACAUCCUGCCCUAUGCCUGCGAGCGGCCUGUUCAGGAAGGAAGCAAGCGAACCCAGCUCGUGCCCUGGGCGCCGGAGGGGCCGCUGGAGCUGCGGCUCCGGGCCGCGGAGGUGGCGGAGCCGCUGGCCGUGGAGAUCGAGCAGAUCCAGGUGCAGCUCAAGGCCUGGGUCCAGAACCAGUUGCCACUGGAGCUGCUGAGCUCUCGCGCGCGCGACGCGCCGCAGUUGCUGGAGGAGCUGCGGGGCGCGCUAUGGGAGAAUGAGGUCUGCCAGUUGAUCGGUCUGCUCGCGCACUUGCUCUACUGGCUGGCCUUUGGCUGCUGCAGAAGUCCUGGGCUCCCGCGCUUGGGCCAGCACGCCCUUCAAGGCCUGGUCGCCGCGGCGCACGAGAUUUGGGUGAAGCUGGAGCGCCGCCACAAGAACUCGAAGUUGGGCAUCAGCCUGGGGAUGCCCUGUGUGCUGCUGACGCUGAAGUACGGCAUGGAGAUCUGCUUCGAGUCCCAAUACCCGAGCCUGUUUGGCGAGAAAACGGGUGAGUGGAGCAUGCGGGAAGCACUGGUUGAACGGAUCAACACGCUGCUGAUGCGCUUGUUCGACCCGGACUGCACCUAUGCUCGCUUUGGGCGCUUGGAUGCCGCGGACAAUCCCUUCAACCUCUACAAAAGGUUGGAUCUUCUGGCUUCUGCAAACAGCCCCAACCGCCGGCGCCUGAAGCAGAUGCAGGGCCGGGCGAACCGCGCCACUCCUUUAGUGCGUGCUGCUCUACAGGCGGGGCAGGAUGGCAAGGGCGGCGUGGGCACGGAGAAUCCGAAGACCCGCAGCCUGCUGGUGCAUUCGGAGCUUGGGGGGCGGGCACCGCUGGCCAGCGUGGUGGCUCCAUCCGGGGAUGAGAGGUAUCGGGACAAGCUGCUGCGAGCGGCCAACAGCCGGAUAGGUACUGAGCUGCCACAUCUGCCCCAGGUGAAGGCUCGAGAUCGGAGAGGCCCAGGAUCGCAGUCGGCGCGUUAAACGUGAGCUGGCCGGGUCCUGGUCCUUUUUGUGGCCUUGCAGAUUGAGUUGUACAGGGCAGAGCAAGAUGCUCUUGCCGCGGAAUGCCCGAUCUUUGCUCGGCUUUGGCGCAAGCAGGAA